CUGUCUUUCUCUGUCAACUAUCUGACUCUCUUUCUCUCACAAUUUCACCUUCACUUUCAUCCAUGUUCUUCUAUAAAUAGAUUAACCUCAUCAUUUAUAUAACUAUAUUUAAGUGCUUAACGAUCACACCUACCUGAUUUUAUUCUUCACACAUAUAUGACCGAACUUAAAUUGCAGAAAGUAUACAAGAGCUUUCACACAAUAAGAAAGCUAGCAGAUUAUGCAAUUCUUAUCAACCAAAGCUGGUGGAAGCUUUUAGAUUUUGCUGAGCUAAAACGCAGCUCUAUAUCUUUCUUUGACAUUGAGAAACACGAAACUGCCAUUUCGCGUUGGUCUAGAGCUAGAACAAGAGCUGCUAAGGUUGGUAAAGGUUUAUCAAAAGAUGUUAAAGCUAGAAAACUUGCUUUGCUGCAUUGGCUUGAAGCAAUUGAUCCACAACAUCGAUAUGGACAUAAUCUACACUUUUAUUAUGAUAAAUGGCUCAAGUCUAAGAGCAGAGAACCCUUUUUCUAUUGGCUAGAUAUAGGAGAAGGAAAGGAAAUAAAUCUUGAGAAGUGCCCUAGAGCUAAACUUCAACAGCAAUGUAUUAAAUAUCUUAGUCCUAUGGGAAGACUGGCUUAUGAAGUUGUUGUGGAGGAUGGAAGAUUCUUGUACAAGCAAUCAGGAGAGUUCCUUCACACUACAAAAGAAGGUUCACGUGGCAAGUGGAUUUUUGUUCUUAGCACAUCUAAGAAUUUAUAUGUUGGUAAAAAGAAGAAAGGUUCAUUUCAACAUUCUAGUUUUUUGGCUGGAGGAGCUACAUCUUGUGCUGGGAGACUAGUUGUUGAACAUGGUGUCUUAAAGGCUGUUUGGCCUCACAGUGGUCACUAUCGUCCGACAGAAGAGAAUUUUAAGGAAUUUAUUUCAUUUCUGGAGGAGAACAAUGUGGACCUUUCUAAUGUCAAGAUGGCUCCAGUUAAUGAUGGAGUCCACUCAUCUGAAGAGGACUUAACUGGGAACAUGAGUGGCUUGGAGGAUGAAUAGGCUACUUUUGAAGACUCAAUUAUAGACAAGGUCAAUUUGAUUAAAAUUGAGAGUGAGUCUAUACACCUAAGACAGGAAAUUCCAAAAUUUUGGAAGAGAACUGAAUUAGAAUAAACUAAUCUGUCUCCAAGAAAUGGUUUGUACUGACUCAGAGACACUGGGCAGGGUUGAGCCAUCAAAGGGACAUUGUUGAUGCAAAUUAUUCCUGUCAUGACUCAUGAGUGAAUAGAAUGCCAAAUCAGUUUAUUCUUUUGUGUAAAUAGGAAAAUCAUAGGAAAUUUUGUUAUUCUUUACCAUUGAUUCAUGUAGGUGAUUCUUAUUUAUUCAUUUCCAUUACUCAUGUAUAUAUUGUACAAAAUGAAUUUUGACCAAUUUUUUAAGGUCUAUCCCAUUGUAAUGUUGUUCAAAGGAAAUAAAUUCAUUAUCUCACUA